AGGGAAACCAAAAAUCAAUAGUUCCACCUAGUUAUACGGUGUACCCGCUCGGGUUUUUUUUGUUCAAUACCUACCUAGGCGCUAAAUAUUUUUUUACUCCUUUUGUUUAUCAUGUAGGCAACUGCCAACCACAAUCUACCACGUUUUUUCAAGUCCCUAUAUCAGCGGGUUGUUAUCAUCGAGUAUUUACAGUAUUAUUUACAUUUACACUAUAGUAAACUUCCUUCUCCACUCCACCUAUAGUGAAUAGUCAAUACUUAGCUUAGUAGUUGGUUAAUUUUAUUUAAUCAUCUUAAAUUGUGCGUAAGCGCAUCACAUCACGCUAAAUAUCAUUCGUUACUUUUCGUUAUUUUAUUGGCAACCGUUGAAACGCCUUUUUUAUUAUAACAAUAUAGGUAGGUUAUUAUUAGUUGCUUUUUUUUUUAUAAAACCAGGUAUACGAUUAUAAUCAUAUCGCAAGUAUUUAUGUAAUAAAAUUAAUAAUUUUUUAACAUUUUUAAAUAAUAUUUUACAACUGCGAAAAGUAUAUCGUUUUUUUAUGCAGGCCACAAGAAACUGACUAAGUGUUUGAAACAUUGAAACAACAGCAUUUGCAUCGCCUCAUAUCAUAAACCAUUGGCUAGGGAUAAGAAUGGCGAUCACGGAAGAAAACGUGCUUAACCAAAAUUUUCAAGAAUUAACAGUCGAUGGCGUCGACGAAAAAGAUGUACUAGAUACAAACUGGCAGUUUGAAGGGAAAAAUGUCGCUGUAUACGCUGUCAGAGGUAGACGAUUACAAAUGGAAGAUAGAUAUGUGAUUAAAACCAAUAUUAUGGGUACAGGAAUAUCAUUGUUUGGUAUUUUUGAUGGACAUGCUGGUAAUGUGAGUAAUAUUUUUAUUUUAAAAUUAUCUUAGAAAUAUACUAAAAAUCAUGUUAACAUAUUGCUUAUUAAUGUACUAUACAUUUUUUACAGUUAGUAAUAAUAGAUUUGUCUAGGUACUUACAUACUAUGUAUUAAAUUAAGUUUGAAAUUGCUUUUAGGGCUGGAUACACAUAUUACUUACUUAAUAUUUGAAUUCAUUUUUAAAUAAUAAUAAUUUUCAACUCUUAAUAAAAUUUUAAAAUACUAUUAAAUAACACUAAUACCUGCCAGUAAUUUUUCUUUUUCUCCAUUAUCUUCAUCUAAAUUAUUUGGGGGUCAACUUCCCUCAUACUAAACUUCCACUUGACUAGAUCUACCACCUCUUUUUUUUGGUCUUCCUUCACUUCUUUUCAUCUUAAGUUGAUUUUUGUUAAAAUUCUUACUGCUUCAGAUUCCUCUAUACAUAAUAUGCCCAUAUCAUCUCAGUCCAUUUUAUCUUAUUUUGUCUACUAUCAAAGCCACGUCUAAUGUGACUAAAAAUAACACUUCUUAUGUACUCAUUCCUUAUCCUAUCUACUUUCGUCACAAGACUCAUUCUUUGACCUAUUUUCCUAUUUACUAUCUUACACUAUGAACCAUACAACAUUAUUUUCUUUAAAUUUUAGUAUUAAGAUAAUGUUUAAUUGAAAUUAUUGGAUAAGAUAUAACCUAAUCUAAUUUGCCAAAAUUCCAUCUAAAUUUAAUGUGCAAUGAACUUAAUAAUUUUCAGUUUGCCGCGGAAUAUGCAACUACACAUUUGAUGGAAAAUCUAAUGAAUAAAAUAAUUAAAGUUAAAUCAUUGCUCAAUGAAAAAAUCCGUAAAAAAAAAGAAUCCGAAAAACUAACUUCAAAUACCCUUGAUAAUGUAACAUCUCACAUGAAACCAGAAAUAAAAUUGUAUAGUGCAGUUUUAGAUGACAGCACAAUUGACUACAAUAAGAAUAAAAAAAAAAGAAACCGCAGAAAAAAGAAUAAACAAGGCUCACUAGGUACUAAUAAUCCAAAAAAAAAUGCUAAAAAUGUUAUUAUUAAUCCCUCGUCAUAUUUACUGAGGGAAGGUAAAAUACAUUUUUCAAAGCUAUUAAUUGAUGAAGUCCUAGCUGCUGAUAAACUAUUAAUUGAGGCAGCUAAAACAACUUCUGAUAUUGCAGGUACCUAAUUUAUUAAUCAAAAUUGUUUAUAUAAUUAAAUUGUAAAAAUAUAAAUAAAACUAAAUAGCACAAAUUAAUUUUUAUUAAGUUUUGACUUAUAAUUAUCCCGUAUUUAAGAAAUAUUCAAUUACAAUUGGAUUUUAUAAAAAACAGUCAAAAUAAAAUUACUCUUUAUUUAUAUUGACAUCUUUAUUUGAGGUUUUGUUUAUUAUUUUAAAUUCCAUUCUGAAAAUUAAUUUAAGAGUUAUAAUCAGUCAACCUUGAUUAAUAUGAUGUCAAAGUUGUUUUACAACAAUUGAAUUACCAUUAAAAUAAGAUAACAAUUUAAACAUUUUACAUAUUUGCAAAAAAUAAAAAAAAUUAACCUCUUUAUAGUAUCUUUAAAUUAUCAAUAUGCAACUUUUUUUACUUUUGUUUAUGGCUUAUUAUGAUGUGUAAAAUUUAAAAUUAAUAUUGUUAACUAAUCAAUUGUUUUAUGUUUAAAUAAAUAUUCAAGGCAGCACAGCACUUAUUGUUUUAAUAGAUGGCAAUACAUUAUUUGUUGCAAAUGUUGGAGAUUCAAGAGGUGUUAUGUGCGAUAAGAAAGGAAUCGCUAUACCAAUAUCAUUUGAUCAUAAACCGGAGCAAGUAAAUAUUUUUGUGUACAAUAAAUUUGUUUAAUUUUAUAAUUCAUAUUCAAUUACUAGUCUGGUUUAGUCUGGUCUGAGAUGAAAAAUUAUUUAUCUAAUCAAUAUAAUUUGGUUUAUGUAAAUAUUAUAAUAUUAUAUUAUGUUGAUUCUACAGUAAAUCAGGAAGAAAAAAAUGUUCACAAUUUUACAUUUUAGAUUCAGAGUGAUGUGAAAAAUGUAUUGGUUUUACAAAGUGGUUUUUUUUUUUUUUUAUGUGAACACUACACUUUUUCUGUAGAUAACUUUUUUUACCAGCAAUUUUGUUCCAAUUUUAAAUAACAGCACUUUUUCUGAAAGGAUAUCUGAUUAGGAAGGUACUUUAAGGGAGUCAUUUUUCAAUUUUUCCAAGAGUAGUUUUCUUAAAAAAUUGGGAAAACAAACAAAUUGAUACAAUAUUGAACAAAUAUUAUUAAAGAAAAUAUAUAAUGCUUAUUUAAUUAUUUUGCCAUAAUAUGACAUAUAUAUAAAUUGUUGACAAAGCACCACUAUCAACUGAACUCUGCUUAGAAUCCUUUUUUGUUAUCAAUGGUUUGUUUAUAAUUGCUUACAAAUAAAUAUUAAAUUCUCUUCUGUAUUCUACCUUCCCAACUUCCCACCUACAACAGUGGCUGCACCCAUUCCCAUUAUCCUUCGACAGUUUUUUUAGUAUUUAUUUCAAAAUAUAUUUAAAUAUGAUUUCCAAUUUUGUACAAUAUUUUUUGAAUCCUUAAUACCCUAUUUUAACAUUUACUUAUUCAAUUUAAAUUCCUACUCCUUAUACCUGAAGAAUUAAUUAACAGUAGUAUUGGCUUUUCAAUUAAUAACCACCCUUUUAUCACAGAUUCAAAUUUAAACUAUUUUUUCUAAAAAUUAUGGUAUGCAUAACACUAAUAUCAGAUUUACUGUUUUAUAAGUUAUACCAUUUCAAUGUAUUGACUGAAGAAGUAGAGAAGGUUUAUCAAUUUUAUCAUUUAAAAAAAUUAACAUGAAAUUUAUUACCCCUCCCUACCUUUAACAGUAAAUUUCAUUUGUGUUUAAAAUAAUGGAGCGUAUAAUAUUUAUUUCAUUUCUACUCUUAUAAUUACAUAUAUUUUAUUGUUUGAAAUUAUCAUCAUCAAAUUAUCAAAAGUUUUGAUAAUAUAAGGUUUACUAAUACAUAUUUUAUUUUAAUUUUAGAAGGGAGAAAAGAAACGCAUUGAGAAUGCUGGUGGUUUUAUAUCAUUCAAUGGUGUAUGGAGAGUUGCUGGGAUAUUAGCUACAUCCAGAGCACUUGGAGAUUAUCCAUUAAAAGAAAAUCAAUAUGUCAUCGCCAAUCCAGAUGUUUUAACAUUUGAUUUAUCUCAUCAUGAUCCACAAUUUAUAAUACUAGCAUCGGAUGGCCUAUGGGAUAUAUUUACCAAUGAAGAAGCUGUUGAGUGUAUUAAAGAGCAUAUAGAUGACUCAUUUUAUGGAGCUCAAUACAUAACACUAGAAUCAUUUAAUAAAGGAUCUCUUGACAAUAUUACUGUACUGGUAAUAAAAUUCCCACCUACAUGGAGUAAAGUGUCACAAGAAGUCAAUAAUGGAGGAUGUAAAUAAUUAUUUUAUUAAUGUAAAAAGCAUAUCUAUCGAACAUAUAAAAGGUGGGGGGCCACUAGGUGGUUUCUUUUCAAUUAAAUAAACAUAAAUAUAUUUAGUAGAAAUGUAGUCUCUGAUUAUUUAUGAAAGAAAAUUUCGCUCAUAUCGCUCAUUGUUUAAUAUUCACUGAUACCCAAAAUUAAAUUUCUAAUAGUUUCAAUAUUUCCUAUUAAUUUCAUUUGUUUUUCAUGGAGGGAUAGUACUGAAUUUCUGUUAGUUUCAAUUAGUAGUGUUAUGAGUGCCAAAUAACCUAUUGUUUAAUAAGAAUCCAUUAAAUGGCCCACCUAUUAUAUAUAUUUACAUAUUUUAUGUAUCUAAGCAUUUAUUUUAGUAACCUUUUGAUCAAUCUCUUUUUUUUUCGUUUUGUUAUAUUUGUAAACAUGGUAUUAUUUUUAUAAUUUGAAUUAGUCAUUUAGAACCCUUUAUAUUAUAUUUUUCCAAAUUCAGAGUUGCCAUUUUUUGAAAUUGAAAAUACCCUGAUUUAGGUUUUCUAGAAAGUCAUAUUUUUUCAUAUCAACACGUUGUCCAAAAACUUAUGUGCAAAAUGUUCAAUUGGAUUCAGUAUCCCUGAAUUAAAAAAUAAUAAGCUAUCAUAUGAUAAUAAUAUUUUCUAUAUGCUAUCUUCAUAAAAGAAUGAAAAAUAAAAAAUGAAACCUUUAAUGUAAUUUUGUCAAUAAAUAAAUAGUUUUAGGGUUUUAGAAUUUUUAUAUGUUUUUUUUUUCCCCAAAAUUUAUAUUAUAGCACAUAGAAGGUUUUUUCAAUGACCAUUUGAUAAACUAAGUUAAUUUAAAUAAAGUUAUUUAUUUGUGUUUAGAUUAAUUAUUGCAAAAAAAAAAAGUAAUUAAAAUCUACUUUUGAGCUCUUAAACUAAUAAUACUCAAUUCUCAAUUAAAUAAUUAUUUCAUUUGUCUAAAUAUUAAUUUAAAUUAUGUAAAAAUAUUUUUUAAUUUAAAUUAUUCAGUCACAAUACAAUUUAGUUUUAUAGAUAUUAUAGCUUUGACCAAAGUGACAAACAUAAUAAUUAGAUAUAAUCUAUUUGGUCUACUGUGUGUAUAAAAGUAACUAGAAAAACAAUUGAAUUCCUUUGCUUAAUAAAUAUUUAAUUAUAAUUAUAAUUUAUUACAAGUAUUUUCUUUGACUAGCAAUUAGAAUCUAAAAAAAGAAAUUUGUUAGUUUAAUCGCCUCAAAUAAGAAAAUAGGAAAUCAUUGGAUAUUCUCGGUUCCUAAUUUCUGACUAAACUUACACCUCCCAUGUGAUUUUUUUCAGAUUUUAGAAGUGGUAACCCUAAAAAAUUAAAAUAAUUGAUUUAUGUUAUUUUACAUUUAAUCAUAACUAGUAUAUCAAAAAUGUAAUCAAACAAGUUAUUUAGAUGAGUUAUAAAAUGAUCAUUGAUUAUAUAAUAUAGGUAACAUUACAAAAAACCUAUUAAAUAUAUUUAGAUAUUAUUACCAUAAGAAUAUUAUUAAUUAAAUGUCCUAGUUAUUUAUUUAUUCAUUUAUUUGAUGUGAUUUUUGUUAUUUUUAUAUAAUACAGAUUUACAAAAAAAAAAAAAUUGAAUUAUUACACUAUUUAAAUUUAUUUAAGUGCAGUCAUAUAUUAUGUAAUUAAAUAUAAUAUUUGUUUUUUUUCCAACUAUUUACUACCUAUGUUAUAUCAAAAAACUUCAACUUGACAGGACAGAGUUAAUAAAAAUAUCCUAGCAGUUUGUAAUCUCUACUAUAAUUCCAUAAGAUGUAGAUAAAUUAUUAAAAUGUGUAAUAAUAUACAUAUUCUGUUAAAUUUCCAUUUUCAACUAUUAGAUGAAAUAAUUGAUUACCAGUUACACUUGAAUGUAAAUUAUGAAUCACCUGUAACAAUAUAAUAAUUAUAAACUUCUACAAAUUUGAAAAUAUUGUUUUAUAAUUUAUUUAUUAUAUAGGACUACAUUAUGUAAGUACACUAUGUAAAAUAAUAUUAGUUAUAAUUAUAAAUUUAUCUUGUGCAUCCUAUUUUGUAAACUCUGUAAUUAAUUAGAUUAUAAAUAUCAAUUGUUCUAUUCUUUAUUAUUAUUUUUUUAUUAUUUGAGUAAGCAAACAUGUUAAAUAAAUAAAUAAAAAUACUCAACACACAUAAGAUAUUAUAAAAUUAUUUGCCUUUAUUAAUUAUUAAUAACUAACAAUGUUUAACAUUAGAAUAACAGUAAUAAGUGUAUAAUUAUUAAAAAUAGUAAAAUUGUAUGUUUUUUUUAUGCUAAUUGGACGGAAUGUGAACUUACAGUCACAAUUUAACUAAUCACAUAAUACAAGUUUUGUACUUAAUAAGUAAAAAUGGACUAUAAAAAAAAAUAAAAUUGAACAAAUACAUACAUUAUAAAAAAAAAAAUGUUUCAUUAUUAUUAAUGUAAUAACAGAAUUUAAUUGUCUAUCUUCAGUAUGUUAAUAUUUUAAUUUGUUUACAAUAAAUACUAUUCAAAAUAAAAAUAGAGACUAAUUUAGAUAUUAAAACCCUGAAUUCCAUUUAUUAAAAAAAAUAAAGUAAUGGCUUUUAAUUAAAUAAAUAAGUAUAAUAAAAAUAAAUUUGUGCAACAAAAAAGGGAAUGCUUAAUACUAAAUAUUGUUCAAAGGUGGGUACCUAAUACAUUUUAUAUUAAUACUAUAGUAAAAUACUAAAUUUUUUUUCCAAAAAAAUAACUAUAAACCAAAGAAGUACAAUGCACAUAGGGAUAUUUAAAUAGUAUGUUUACACAUAGGAAUAAUCAAUAUUACUUUAUAAUACAAAACAAGUAUAUAUUAUUAUAUAAAAAUAAAUUUCUAUUAACAUAUAAAAAAAAGUGGUAAGUACUGCAAAAUUUAAUUAUAAUUAUUAUAUAAUGUAUAAAAGUCACCAAUUUAUUUACAAAGUCUGUAAGGUAUAGUAACUUUUAGUACAGAACAUAUUUAUUUUAUGUUAUUCUGUGUUCAAAGUACCAAAUACACAGAAUCUAUUAAAAAGGUAUACAUUUAAAAUGUUUACAUGCACCUUUAUGUGAAGUUUCUAAGCAUAUUUUUUUAUUCACCACAACUUGUAUAUCUGGUACAUAGUUCACCAAAAUUAAAAUAAAAACCAAAAACAUAGAUAAGAAUGUUUAAAUAUAAAACAUUAUUUUAAUUUUAAGAAAUAUAAAGAAAUUUUUUUGUAAAAAAAUAUAUGUAUAUAUUUUUGAUAUUUAGAACAUAAAAUGUUUAAUAUUGCAAUCUAAAUUUAUAUAAAUCAACUGUUGGCAAAAAGCCAUAAAAAAUCACAGAAGACAUUUAAUUAUUUAGUUAACUGAAUUAUUGAAUUUUUCUCUUAGUAAACUAGUUUAUUAUAAAAUUUUUAUAAAUAAACAAUGUUUAAAUUUUAAUGUUAAAUACCACCUUCUUAAAAAAUAUGUAUAUUAUUUUAUAAACAUUUUUAAUAUAAAAUAUAUACAGAGUGAUUUUUUAAGCACGCUCAACCAAGUUUUAGUUGAAUUAUACAUACACAUAUUUUGAUUUUUGGAAUUGUUAAAUGUAGUUAAAGAUAAAAUUUCAUAACACAAACUUAAGUUUUUCAAAUGAGAACCUACAUGUUUUAAUGUAAAUUAAGAAUCUGAUGAUUUUAAUGAAAUGUUGAUGUAUUGUAAUCAAAAUUUUAAGGAAACAGUAUCUGAGUUAUUUUAUUUUAACUACUAAGGAUCAUAGUCAAUUAAACACAUUUUAGGUCUUUAGGUCUUUUACAUCAGAUAAAAGUUUGGUAAUUAUAAUUAUGUAUGCAAAAUGAUUAUGAAUAAUAAGCAAUUAAUAAUAAUUUAAAAAAAAUAAAAGGGUUAAUAAUAUCUUUUGUGGACUUAGUAUUAAAAGUAAAAUAACUCAGAAACUAAUAAAUAUUGUGAAAAAUCUAAAUAUUCACAAAUAUUAUCAAACAAAACUUAAACAUUUCAAAUAUCAAAAUUCGAAUAGGUUAAUGCGCAAUUUAAUUGGAAAAAUGGAGUAAUCAUACUUAGAAAAUCACCCUGUAUAUAGUUGAUUUCUUAAAUCAGUACCCCAUAAUAUAUAUUUAAUUGUAAUUUUAUGUUUAAAAUAAAAUUAAUAUACUGACAAGGCACUUUGGACGGAAAAUACUAAAAUCAAACUUAAUAACAAAAUAACAAAAUUUUGAAGUGAAAAAAUAAUAGAUAAAAUAUUGGACUUAUCAUUAAUUAAAUAAACAAUAAAACUCACCAUUGUAACAAUAAAAAUACUAUUGUUAUAGUUAAAUUUGAGUUUAAUACCUUAAUCUUAUUAUAAAUAAUAAUACAAAUGAUUGUAAACAGUUGAAAUUAUAAUUCACAACAUUUCUAACUUAUAAUUAAUAAUUUAAAGGAUAUAUUUUAGAGUUUUAGAUAUUUACUUAUCUAAAAUGUUUAAAAUCCUAAAGGUUGUUUAGUAAUUAUUUAUAAUGUUAUUAAAU